AUUCGGCGUUGGUGGGAGGGCUGGACGGCACCGGUUGAGGCUCUAGUUACGGUCCAGCCGCGCCGAUCCAACUUUGGGGCCAAGAAAUUUGGAAAGCGCUCUUUUUUCACGACGCGUUUUUAGCCGGAUCCUGCGCCGUCGCUCUUUGGAUUGACGCUCCCAUGGUGGCGAACGGUGCCUCGAGGACAGAUCCGGCACUGUGACGAGUAGGAUCGGUCUCCUACGGCGUCGACCGGUGCCUGGAGAAAAGAUCCUGUCUCCUUGACGUGCUUAUCACUUUAGGCUCCGAUUGACUCUUCCAUGAUGACUACCGUUGAACUGGAAAAUAGAUCCGGCGUCGUGCGAAAUCUGAUACAAAUAGAGCACCGAAUGGCCGUACCGUCGUACCUUGGAUCCGCGGCAUCCGUCCUUGUGAAUUUUAAAGGGAGGGCAUGCACUCAGAAUUCAAACCACAAUGAGGCGUUUUGGAGGUUCUGGCACCUAGGUACCCGAAGGAAGUUACAAAUAUCAGAGAUAGAAGAGUUGAGGAACAAUGCAUAUGAUAACUCUAGUAUCUGCAAGACUAAAUUGAAAGCAGCUCAUGACAAGCAGAUCCUAAGAAAGAACUUUGAGCCAAAUCAAAAAGUGCAUCUUUAUGAUUCUCAUUUACAUCUCCAUCCAAGAAAGCUAAGAUCUAGAUGGACAGGUCCAUUUGUGGUGAAACGAGUUUUUCUUAAUGUUGCAGUUGAGAUUGAGGAUCCAAUCGAUGGGAGAAUUUUUUGAGUUAAUGGAAUAUGGUUGAAGUAGUAUGUGGAGGGAGUAGACCAACCCGAGGAAAUCGUUCUUGUGACUCCAAUCUAUGAUACUUAAUCAGGUUCUAUCUUUCCAUAAUAUCAUUUUUUUUCUUUCUUUUCUUUUAUUUGUUUUUGCUUUUAUUUAGUAGCUUAUCUUUUAUUAGGUUAGGUUUCUAGGUUUCUUUCCAUAGCUAUUACUAUUGUAGGUUUACUUUUAUUUCUUUUAUUCUAUGCCAGUGAGGACACUGUCUCAU